GAAGAACUGACUGGACUGUCUAAAGGAAGCCGUAGCACUGUGGGAUGAAUUUCAAGUAAAGAAGCCUUAUCUGAGUGGAAGAACUAAGAAUGGAGGACCCCUUCACCCUCACAGUGCCCUGUGACUGCAGCCUUGCGUUCGGUGCCGCUCUGCCACCAGAGAGGCAAAUGCUGUCAGCUCUGUCCCUGUUCUUCAUCGUGGUAUCUCUUGCCACCGUCAGGCCUGCUGCUGUUGCCAAGGAGUCACGUGACACCUGUGAAGAAAUACAGGCCUUUCAAGGUGUUCAAGACACAAGAGCACUUCCAGGGAAAUUAUUCUUAUACCCCAUAUCACCAUUUGCUUUCCAUGGAACAAUAACUCACUACAAGGUCACUCUGGCUAAUGGAUCAGUGUUGCCAAAAUGGCUGGAAUAUAACCCUAACACCAGCACACUUCAAGGGCUGCCAAUGCUGGAAGAGAGCGGAGAAUACCAUUUCACUGUAGCAGCACAUGGAGAGGCUUGUGACCCAAAUACACCAGUGGCCACUGCCAAUUUUGCACUUCAUGUUCACAACUACAUAACUGUCUGUGAAAAGCAAGCAAGCACAAAUCAAAAGCCCAUGAAUUACAAGCUGAACUUCAUGCCACUUCUGUGUUUCCAGAGGAACAAGGUAAAAGCAUCCUUCCACUUACCCCAUCUGAGGAAUUAUUUUGUGGCACAGGAGCAAUACAUACAUCUUGGUUGCCCACUUCCCAGAUGAUGCCCACAGGUCAGCCAAAUACCUCCCCAAGAGUUGUCAAUGCCAUUAAUUGGAUAACAGCAACCAUUGGACACAAGUUCUCAUUUUCAGUACCUCCAGACACAUUUUAUGAUCAGGAAGAUGGAGAUACAUCUCAGUUGACCCUUGGAAUGAGCCCAGUUAAUGGUUCUCCCAUAGGCCCUGGGAACUGGUUGCACUUUAAUUCACAUUUCCAAAUCAUGCAUGGCUAUCCACUUGCUAACGAUUUCCAGUAUUCACCUCAGGAAUUUUUACUGUUUGCCACUGAUUCUGGAGGGCUGAAGACUUCUGAUACGCUGACAAUAGAGCUACUCAGACCUACCACUAUCCCGUGUCACAAUUAUACC